AUGGUUUCAUCUACUUGCGAUGAACAAGAACGCGAUAGGCCAUUGGCUUUUGAUGAUGGUAUGGGACAGAGCAAAAGUCGAGCACAAUCCUCAAACACAUGUAAUCAAACUGGAAUGACGAAGGAAGAUGAAAACCUCGCAAAAAUAGUUUAUGAAAAACUUUACAGGGCGGGUGCGUGGGCCACCAUUGAUGACGAGCAUACAGCUCCCGAGAAAAUUGCCUCGCUGGAGAAGGACACAUCAAUGGAGGUUUCAGGCGAGCCGGAAGACGAAAGAGAAGAGCCACAAAUUGAAUCCCCGAAGAAGAAGAAGAUAAAGCUCUGCAAAAAAUACCCUCAUCUUCCGGAAAAGUUCAAAUUUGAAGAUCGGGAAGAAGAGAGAAAAAAGAAGUUGGAGAUGAAGAAGAAAGAGAAAGAUAGAGAGCUCGAGGAGCUGUUUGAAUUGUUGGAUAAUCAGUUAAUUGGUUAUUUAUUUAAUUGA